UCUGCGCCGAGGUCAGUAAGGUGUUUAUUGCAGUGUCUCCUCCAUAUCGUCCUACACCGGUUUCCUUCACCUUUUUCGGACCGUUUUUUAAUCUAACAAGUUAUCUGGGCCACACAGAAUAGCAGCAAUUCUCGGCAUAAUGGCAGUUCCUCCACCAUAUGUAGAUCUGGGAAAAUCAGCAAAAGACAUCUUCAAUAAAGGAUAUGGAUUCGGGCUGGUCAAGCUUGAUGUGAAGACCAAGUCCUCAAGUGGAGUGGAAUUUAAAACAUCUGGCUCAUCCAAUGUAGACACCAGCAAGGUCACUGGUACCCUGGAAACCAAGUACAAAUGGGCUGAGUAUGGACUAACGUUCACAGAAAAGUGGACCACAGAAAAUACACUUGGGACAGAAGUUUGUGUUGAGGAUCAGAUCACCAAAGGGCUGAAACUUACUUUUGACACCACAUUUUCACCUAACACUGGCAAGAAGAGCGGCAAAGUCAAGACAGCUUACAAACGGGAAUAUGUUAACGCUGGGGUUGAUGUAGAUUUAGAUUUUGCUGGUCCAACUAUACAUGGGGCCGUGGUGGCAGGCUAUGAGGGAUGGUUGGCAGGCUACCAGAUGACCUUUGACACAGCCAAAUCUAAGAUGUCCCAGAGCAACUUCGCUAUUGGUUACAAGACCGGUGACUUCCAGCUCCACACCAAUGUAAAUGAUGGUUCAGAGUUUGGCGGAUCCAUUUAUCAGAAGGUAAAUGAUAAACUGGAGACUGCUGUGAAUCUUGCCUGGACGGCAGGCAGCAAUGGCACUCGCUUUGGCAUUGCUGCAAAAUACCAGUUAGACUCCAGUGCCUCCAUAUCGGCUAAAGUGAAUAACGCCAGUUUGGUAGGAAUUGGAUACACGCAGACUCUGCGGCCUGGUAUGAAACUCAUCCUCUCAGCAUUAGUGGAUGGGAAGAACAUCAACGCUGGUGGUCAUAAGCUAGGUCUAGGCCUGGAACUGGAGGCGUGAAGAUCAUCUGCCAUUUCAACAAAAAGAGGAAGAGUUUCAGCAGAAUCUGGCCUUCAGCAUUUAUGCAUCAACAGCAACAGAUGUUUUAAGGCAAAGACAAGUAGAACCCCAAUACGCAGGCACAUACAGAAACAGUUCCACCAGCCUCCUGUCAUUGUGGUUACAACAAGUAGUUACAAUAAAGUAACCUAUUUAUUUUAUCAGGUAUUCUUUGUUCUGCCAAUUUCUCCAUAAUAAUAGAAAUACCUCUUGCUUGAUGUUGAAAGAUGGCUUUUUCUAUUUUUAGUGGCUCCAGAAGGAAAACCUUGUUAUUCUGCUGAUGUGUGAUAAUGUAGAAUAUCAGGCUGAGCUGUUAUUUUGCAGAGUAGACUAUACCUUUAUUUAAGCUCUUAAUCCUUCGUUUUAUUUGCACAUAUUAUUGCUGUCACUGGUGUUGACUCCUUGUUGAGAGACCACUCCAACAAACUGUUAUUAACAUUGAAGCCAAUCUAUUGGCAUAUUUUCUCCUAGACAGCCUUUAUUGUGCUGUGUUGAGUUUUAGACUUCUGCUACCAUGAGUACCCACUUUUUAUUUGCAAGACAAUGCUUAAUGCAUUUUCUGUUUCCUCAUUAUGACUCAAAUAAAAGGCUGAAUAAAUUAUCCACCUCUAUCCAUUUGAGGACUGUGUGAUUGAUAAGGGAGCAGUUUGUGUGUUGCUGUGUCUACCUUUACAAUAAAGUCCUGAAAUCCA